AUGGAGGCCACCAACGUUAGCAGCGGGCUGCUUGGCCCGGUCUAUACUGCUCUGCCAGAGAUCGAAUGGAACGGCCGUCAGGGCUUCGCUCUCUUCAUCGUCGCGAUUUUAUCUCUGCAUCUCUUCAAUGUCUUCAAGGAAAGCCUCUUUGGCGUCAAGGCGCCCAUGGUCGGCUAUAGAUCUUUCUUCGAGCCCAAAUGGCUUUUACGUCUGCGAUUUGUGCGAGGCAGCAUGUCUAUCAUCCGCGGCGGUUAUAGCAAGUACAAAGACUCCAUGUUCAAGAUAAGCCGCAAUGAUGCAGACAUCCUCGUCAUCUCGAACAAGUACGUGGACGAGCUUCGGAACUUGCCAGAGGAAGAGCUCAGCGGCAUCGAGGCGCAUAUCAGGAACCUGCUGGGCAGCAUUUCGACUACGCAUGUCAUGCUUGAGACCAACCUGCAUACCCGCGUGCUCCAGACAAAGCUGACCCCAGCUCUGGGUCUGAUAUUUGACGACAUGAAAGAUGAGCUCAAUUUUGCUCUGGAGACCGAGUUACCAGAAUGUAAAGAUAAAUGGGUUCCCAUAUCCAUCAACCAUCUUAUGUUACGGCUCCUCGCUCGGGUUUCGGCUCGCAUAUUCGUCGGUAGGGCCAACUGUCGCAACGAGGAGUGGCUCUCAGCCAGCAUCGACUAUACAGAGAACAUAUUCAUCACAGUCAUGACUCUGCGAAUGAUGCCGCGCUAUCUCCAUCCAUUCGUUGCCCCCCUUUUGCCCUGGUACUGGCGUAUACGCUCCAACCUGGCCACCGCAAAACGCUUUAUCGGUCCCAUCAUACGCGAGCGUAGGGAGGCCGAGGCCCGGCAAGGGAAAGACUACCAGAAGCAUGAGGACCUCCUCCAGUGGAUGAUGGAUGGGGCAAACGAAAAGGAAAGCAAUCCGGAUAUGAUAGCCCAUAUCGAACUUCUCCUUACGCUGGCCUCAAUCCAUACCUCUUCGAUGGCCACGUCAAAUGUGAUGUACGAUCUUUGUGCUCACCCAGAGUACUUUGAACCCCUUCGAGAGGAAAUGCUCUCUGCACGGCGCGAAGACGGCGGAUGGCGAAAGACUACCCUGACGAAGCUAAGAAAACUUGAUAGCUUCCUCAAGGAGUCUCAACGAAUGAAUCCCCCAAGCCAAUUGGCAUUCAACCGCGUUGUCCGGUCGACCCUUAAACUAUCAGAUGGCACAGUCCUGCCUGCUGGUACACAUUUCAACAUAGCCUCUGACGCUAUCAUGAACGAUCCCGCCAAACUCCCCGGUGGCGGCGACCCGGAAGUGUUCGAUGGGUUCCGCUACGAGCGGCUCCGUAGCGAUCCCGCCCAUCCCGAAAAUGCUAAUCGGUUCCAGCUGGCCAUGACAGACAGCAAUAACCUACAUUUCGGACACGGGAAGUAUGCAUGCCCGGGGCGGUUUUUCGCCAGCAAUGAAAUCAAGAUGAUCAUCACUGAGCUGCUGUUGCGUUACGACUUUAAGUAUCCGGAGGGACAGGAGAGGCCGCGCAGUUUGGGUGCGGAUGAGAAUUUGUAUCCUGAUCCGGAUGCUAGGGUGUUGAUACGGAGACGAGAAGAAAUGUAG